AAAUGCCUCCUUCAAAACCCUAUCUCAUCUUCCUUCCUUCACCCUGUCUCUGCCUCUUCUCCUGCUGCAGAACACGUCUGGGGCUUGUGAAGUCGGCUAGCUUCAUAGCUCUCGGUUGUUGAAGUUAAGAUGCAGGGAGCUCACAAACCGGCGUGGCUGGAGGCUCUCGACAAGCUAAAGUUCUUCGUCGGCUGCUCCGUGCACGAGAGCGCGAGGAAGAACGAGAAGAACAUCUGCUGUUUGGACUGUUGCACGGCUAUCUGCCCCCAUUGCUUGCGGUCUCACCGCCUCCACAGGCUGGUGCAGGUGCGGCGCUACGUCUACCAUGACGUUGUGCGGCUGCAGGACCUUGACAAGCUCAUCGACUGCUCCAGCGUUCAGUCCUACACCAUCAACAGUUCAAAGGUAGUAUUCCUCAAGAAGCGUCCGCAGAGCAGACAAUUCAAAGGAGCAGGAAACGUGUGCACUUCCUGUGACAGGACCCUCCAAGAACCUUACAUCCAUUGCUCGCUGGAGUGCAAGGUAGAUUACAUAGCAAGACACAAGAAGGAUUUCUCGCACUACAUCAGGAGAUGUCAAUCACUGCAAUUGAGCCCCGACUCCAUCGUACCACCUGACACCGAGGUUGGCGACGACGAAGAUACGAACGAGACGACACACUCCACCGUCGUGGAAGGCGAUGAUCCCAUGCGCUCGUCGGACUCGGAGGAUUUCAAUGUCCCAUACCUUAACUUCAUCCGGAAGAAGCGCAGUGGCAUAAAUCUAUGUUCAAGGUCAGCUAACAAAGUCGAUACCGAGGACAUGGCUACAAACAUGAGCAGAAGGAAGGGCAUUCCACAUAGAUCUCCUCUAUGUUAGAAUAGACCUGUUGCUAUUUCUUGACCGUCAUCUUCUUCUUCUUCUUCUUCCUGCCUGUUAAACUAACUUGGAGGGGCUUCCAUAAAUGAGCAUCAUGUGACUCCCAGUUCCAAGCUUCACUGUACAUUUUCCAAAGAGACAUUUAAAUUAUCACCCCGAGUGCCUGAACUGGAGCACUUUCUGUUGUUCCUUCUGUAUGUUAGACUUUGCAGUGCUUUUGCAUAUGGAGGUCACAUGAAAUGUGGCAGUUGCUAGGGAGAAUUCUUCCAACCAGUACAGUUGAUUAGCAUAAGAUAUUGGCAAGGGCUAGACGACUAAGAGCCAUGUGCUGCAGCACUCUUUGUUACUUAGCUGUUCUCCGAAUACUUCGUCCUUGAUAUAUGUCAGUCCUAAAGCUUGUUAGUACUCAUAUUAAGAGGACUUCUUAUGUUCAA